GGGGCGGGGCCGGAUGCAGAGGGGCGGUCCCUGCGGGGGCGGGGCCGUGGGGAGGGGCGGGGCCGCUCUGCCGCGAGAGGGCGCUCUGGGCAGCAGGAGGCGUGGCGCACCCGCGGCUCGUGGACUCCGCGCGCUCCCAGCGCCGCGUCCCGCCCGGAUACCCUGCCGGCCUCGGAGUGGGGGCCCCACUUCCCCACGCUAGUCUCCCGACCCUGAAGGCCCUGCGUCGCGGCCCUCGGCCCGCAGUCGUCCCGCCGGACCCCUCGCGGGACCCCCACCGCCGCCGCCGGCCGCGCCCGCCGCGCUCCCGCCCGGAAGCGCGGACUUCCGCCGCACGGUCCCGCGGGUGUCCACGCCGCCAUGCCCUCUCUCGGGGACCUGCUGCGGGAAUGGGACCGGGGCGCGCAGGCCGUAGCGCGCGGGGACUGGGACUGUGCCCUGCGCCUCUUCUCGGGCUACCCGGAGCCGUCCGCCAGGAUGUGCUUCAACGUGGGCUGCGUGCACCUGUUGGCCGGGGACCCGGAGGCCGCGCUGCGGGCAUUUGACCAAGCAGUGACCAAGGACACUUGCAUGGCUGUGGGCUUCUUCCAGCGAGGAGUGGCCAGCUUCCAGCUGGAGAGGUUCCAGGAGGCCCUGUGUGACUUCCGUCUGGCCCUGGCACAGCUGAGGGACAACACCGCCAUCGACUAUACACAGCUGGGCCUGCGGUUCAAGCUGCAUGCCUGGGAGGUGCUCUUCAACUUGGGGGCCGCACAGUGCCGCCUGGGUCUCUGGGCUGAGGCCACCCGCAGCCUAGAGGAAGCCCUCUCCAAGGGGUCAGAAGGGGCCCGAGACCACCUGUGCACUGCCCUGGACCAAGUGCAGAAACAGGUGCACCUGCAGCCUCGGCAGGGCCCCAGGGGUGAGGUCUUCCGGCCCCACAGGUGGCACCUGGAGCUCCUGGAACCAGUGGAUUUCCUGGGCAAGGCCAAGGUAAGGGGGCAGCGUCUCGCUUCCCAGCCCAGGUGCUCAGGAGCCAGCAGCAGCCAGCAAGCUGGGGAGGGACCGGCCGCCCCCAAGCUGCAGACAUACGGGAGCUUCCUAGGUCAGAAGCAGUGUCUCCAGGUGGAGUUUACAGAUCCCGGGCUCUUGGAACCAGGACACAGAGGCCACCAGAAGUUGGCUGCAGAGGAGGGAGCUCAUGCCUUUUUGACGGGGAUCCCCGAGGCUCCCCCCCGCCUGCCUCCACUUCAGCCAUGCUUUUCUGGCCUCAGAAUCUCCUUGGCUCUGUCUGCCUGCAUCUCUGCCCCGGACAGUGAGAUCUCAGGGAGGCCCGAGGUGGUAUCCUCUGCCUUCCCUGCCGACCGGCAGGAGGACAUCCAGCCUCAGCAGCCCCAGGUCCAGGGUGCAGAUGGCAGAGCCAGGCCUGGAGCCGCCCCACGGGCUGCAGUCACCGGGGCCUGGAAAACCCGCACCGCCUGUGGUCCCAGGAGGCCCCCCGAGACAGAGACACAGGUCGGCCCCGGGCAGGCGGGGCAGGCUGACCACCAUGCGCCCGUCCUCUCCGAUGAACAGAGGCCCAGUGUGGAACAAGCUGGCAAACAGGUUCCUCCAGGGCUGCGGGUGGCAGGGGAGCCAGACCCCGGCCCUUCUGAAGACCCCUCUCAUGCUGGGGGAGUGGCCGUGGGGGACCCUGAGUCCUUGGUGACCCUCAUAGUGCAGUGCGCCUUCACACUGGCCCUGAAGGUCCCAAGAGGAGCUGACCUGUCCAGCCUGCGGACCCUGCUGAGCCAGGCCCUCCCCCACCAGGCCCAGCACGGGCAGCUCAGUUACCAAGACCCCAGCAACGAGGGGCGCUGGGUCCCCCUUGCUAGGGAGGAGGUGCUACAGAGGGCCUGGCGGGACAAGGCGGCCAGCCCUGGGGUCCUGCGGCUCCAGUGCCGGGGAGCGGGCAGCCGGCCUGUCCUCUACCAGGUGGUGGCCCGGCACAGCUACUCUGCCCAGGGGCCUGAGGACCUGGACUUACAGCCAGGGGACAUCGUGGACGUCCUGUGUGAAGUGGACCCGGCCUGGUUGGAGGGCCACUGUGAUGGCCGCAUCGGCAUUUUCCCCAAGUGCUUCGUGGUCCCAGCUGGACAGUACAUGUGAGGAGCCCAACACCCCCACCUGGAGUCCCACAUACCCCAAGCCCAGUGAGGAAAUCAGCCCUAGGAAGUCCCGUGGCAAGAACAGUUUUAAUAAA